UAUGGCCUAGCUCUCCGUCGCCACGCCCACGCACCCCGCACCCCAAAACCCAUAAAAGGCUCGAGACCGCGGCCAGCUACCGAGCCUUAAACACGCGCUCUCCUCCUGCCUCUCCGCCCGCGGCCCACCAUGGACUCCCUCCCGCCGCCCGCGCCGCCGUACGCCGGGGACCCCCUUGCCGUCACCAUCCCGCCGUCAUUGCCGUCGCCGCCUCCGCCACCUUCCUCCUCGCUCAACCUCUCCCCGUCGCUCCUCAUCAUCGCCGCGCUCCUCGCCUUCGUCUUCUGCGCCUCCAUCUCCAUCCACUUCCUCCUCCGCUGCCUCUCCUCGCGGCAAACGUCUUCUCCGGCCCCGAGUGCUGUCUCCAGGGGACUCGGCGCCUCCUCCCGCUCCGACGCCGAGGCGGCCGCCCCUUCGGCGACACCCGCGGCGGGCCCCGCAGCAGCGGCAACAGGGGGCGAGGUGGUCGACGACGAGAAGGAGCGGCUGAUCGCGUCGCUUCCGCUCUUCACGAUGGCGUCGGCGCUGGCUGCGCUGCCCAAGAGCUCCCCGGACUGCGCCGUCUGCCUGUCGCCGUUCGUGCCCGACGCCGAGCUGCGGCUGCUCCCGGCGUGCCGGCACGCGUUCCACGCCGCCUGCGUCGACGCGUGGCUCCGCAACACGCCGUCCUGCCCGCUCUGCCGCGCCGCCAUCUCGCUCCCGCACCCGCCUCUCCCCACCGCCUACACCGCCGCCGCGCAGCAGGAGCCGCUGGACGCGAGGAGCAGCAGCAACGCGUCCAGAAGCUUCCGCGUCGAGAUCGGCAGCGUGAGCAACCGACGCUCGUCCGCCGCGGGGGACGACCGCCGCACCUACUCCCUCGGCUCCUUCGACUACCGCGUCGACGAGGAGGUGGAGGCCGUGGUGGCGCGCAUCGCGCGCCCCGCGGCGGCGGCCAAGUCGGCCGUGGCCGGGCAGCGCGCCGCGCCGCAGGGCCCGGGCGAGGCGCUGGCGGAGGCGGCGGGGUCGCGCGGGUGGCUCCGGGAGUACGUGGACCGGCUGGCCUCCUCGGCGUCGUCCCUCUCCGGGCGGUGGAGCGCGCGGUGGAGCCAGAGCCACCACAGCCACCGGCAGGAGGACUCGUGGCGGUGGGACCCCGAAGCGGCGGGCAUGGCGGCGCCGCGGGCGGCGGACGAGGACGAGGCGGGGCUCAUGGGCCUGUACCGCUGGAUCGUAGGCGUAUAGGAAGAUUAUAAUUAGUCUGUCUGUAAUUUCGGACUCUGAAGUUUUUUUUGUCAACUUCCAUAUUAUAUUAGGACUCUGCUGUAAAAAUAGAAUUGGCCCCAGAAGCAGAUGAUGAGCUUGGAUCGAAGCUUCCGCUGAUUUGGGCUGCGCCGUCGUCUUCCUCGAUCCAUUCUCCUCCAGAAUUUUGGCACUCCGGUUCGGUGGCCGAUGGAGCUCAGAUGGUGAGCAGAUGGCAGGAAGCCGUGCAGUGCAGCGACGAGUUUGUCUAUCCUUUUCCGGGGAGUGGUGCGCGUGUGGUUGUCAACUAUGCGGAUCCAUGGCCGUAGUGCGCGCGCAGACUCACAGUCAAGCGUGCUCAGUCCGUGGAUGGCCAUGGGCCAGCUGCGAAUUUUAGGUCAGGGUCUGUGAUCAUUUCUCGUUUCUGCGAAUUCUACGGCUCCCAAGUUGAUCCCAAAUCGAAUCGAAGUGGAUGCAUUCCUACC